ACUCGCCUCCUUCCUGUCCAUUUCCAGUCCAUUUCUGUCCAUUUCCAACUGUUCAUCAUCGGGGCUUUGUCUUCUUAGAUCUAAUUUUUGCUCUUUUUCCCCUUGUCAUUUUUGAAUGGAGAACUGUGUUUCGGAUGGCAUCAAAGUCAGAGUUCUGGGAGACUAGAAAGCCAUUUACCAAAGCCACGGCUGCUUUCUGGAGGCUUGAAAGCAGAGUCUUUGUUCAUGGUUUCUGAAGCGGGGUGGAUCAGCACCGGAGCGCCCUGUGGAAGAGGGUUUUUGGCAACGAGUCCAUUUGAUGUGCUACAUGACUCUGAGCUCGCCAACACUGUAUAGGAGUUUCAGGCUGUGUUCUUGAAAUAAUUAAGUGAAGUUGGAGAUGUAUCAAUAUGCCUCAAAAAAAAAAAUUGGUACUGAGAAUGGCCCUUUCCAACUCUGGUUUUACAGAUCUUUCUGCAUGAGCUGUCUUGCAGGAGGGGGGACUAGUCAGUCACACUGCCGGCAAGAACGCAGCAGCGUCUCUGCGGCUACGCUUUCUAUGUGGAAUUCAGAGCUAAAGGCUUCUAGGAGGAGUGUGUUCCAAGGAGAGAAGUGUUUUAACCAGGAGACAGGUUACCUGACAGCAUUUUCUUUGUUUCUGAUUACAGCUCUAGAAAAAAAGCUGAGCACCUCCCACCCCACUACUUAGAAUCAAAACCUGCAGAAAAUAAGGAUUAUUGUAAGUACCAGAGAAAGGAAGGAUGAAUGGACGGCCUUUGAUUGGCGCCGCUGGUGACGCCCCUCGUGGUCCUCUUUGGAGGGGCCUUUUUGGAAAAAAAGCUGGUGAGGCAGCGCACAGAGGCUUUCCCUGGCUAAGCUUGCUUCCGGCCCGUGAGCCGCCAGAACAGGAAUCAGAGGAAGAGCUAGCCAUGGAGGACAGCCCCACGAUGGUGAAAGUGGACCAGGGAGGAAAUCAGAGUUCACCGCGUCAGGCGAGAAGAUGCCUCCCCAAGGCGCUUGGCUACGUCACUGGCGAUAUGAAAGAACUGGCCAACUGGCUUAAAGACAAACCGAAGAUGCUCCAGUUCGUCAACUGGGUUCUUCGGGGCAUAUCCCAAGUGGUGUUUGUCAGCAACCCCAUCAGCGGAAUCCUGAUUCUGGUGGGACUCCUGGUCCAGAACCCCUGGUGGGCUCUCAAUGGCUGUGUGGGAGCGGUGGUCUCCACCCUGGCGGCCCUCUUACUCAGUCAGGACAGGUCCGCCAUCGCGGCUGGCCUCCAGGGUUACAAUGCCACCCUGGUGGGCAUCCUCAUGGCUGUCUUUUCAGACAAGGGGAACUACUUCUGGUGGCUCUUACUGCCUGUGUCUCUUAUGUCCAUGACUUGUCCAAUUUUCUCAAGUGCACUGAGCUCCGUGUUCUGCAAAUGGGACCUCCCAGUCUUUACUCUGCCCUUCAACAUGGUAUUGUCAAUGUACCUUUCUGCCACGGGACAUUACAAUCCAUUUUUCCCAAGCCAGUUGAUCACACCUGCAACCUCGGUUCCCAAUGUCACCUGGUCUGACCUCAGCGCCCUGCAGUUACUGAAGUCCGUGCCUGUGGGUGUUGGUCAGAUAUACGGCUGUGAUAAUCCGUGGACAGGGGGCAUUUUCCUGGGUGCCAUCCUCCUCUCCUCCCCCAUCAUGUGCCUACACGCUGCGAUCGGGUCGUUUCUGGGGUUAGCAGCAGGACUCAGUCUUUCUGCUCCGUUUGAGGACAUCUACGCUGGACUGUGGGGUUUCAACAGCUCUCUAGCCUGCAUUGCGAUUGGAGGAAUGUUUCUGGUGCUCACCUGGCAAGCGUUCCUCCUGGCUCUUGCCUGCGCUCUGUUCACUGCCUACCUUGGAGCCAGCAUGUCAAACCUGAUGGCUGUGGUCGGAUUGCCAUCUGGUACCUGGUCCUUCUGUUUGGCCACCCUACUGUUUCUCCUGGUGACCACGAAAAACCCUAACAUCUACAGGAUGCCGCUCAGUAAAGUCACUUAUCCUGAAAAAAACCGCAUCUUCUACCUACAAGCCAAGGAGAGGAUGGUUGAAAGCCCUUUGUGAGUGCAACUCCCAUCCACAGCCACGGUCACAAGUCAUUUCUGGCGAACUGCCCCAGUUCACUUCCAGGGUUUCAAAACUGUUGUUUUUACUAGGAACAAAUUUCACACUAACCCAUUGGUGAUCUGUUCUUAUGCUCAUUUUGUAUUUUUCUUUCAGACUCCGGGACGUCCCCAAACAAGUGACAGACACAUCAAGGUGAUGUGCUCUGGCUAUGGAAUUUUAGACCCUAAUAGGGCGCUGGCACUAAGAUUGUACUAUAUCUAUUAAGUCAGAAUGAUCCAACAGAAAGAGGAAAUGAGACCAAAGCUAAUUAUUGAUAUUUAUUGGUAUUCUUGGUGUUUGGUUGGCUAGACGAUGUUAACAGUAUUAAAAAUUAAUCUCUAUAAGCCAACUAAACCUUAAGUGAAUGGAAUUCAGAGUCACAAGAUCGAAGUCAACCCAGAAUUCUCAGAUAAGCCACUGGGCUUCUUUAAGAUCAAUGCAAGGUGCACAUCACAGCUGUGGUCCACGUGGCAGGGGUGCGGCCCGUCACUGAGCCCUCCCCCCAGCCCCUCAGCAGAAGGGCCUCCGUGCUGCCCCACGUGCGGGUCCCAUCUCUCACAGGAGAUGGUUGGUUUGGUUCAGGCUGGCAGAGCCGCAGGAGGAAGAAGGGAUCCUGUCCACCAAAAUUACUCUGUAGUGUCCCUUUUCUUGGAUUCUGCAAAGGAUUUUCUAGGUAGAGUUUAGUAUUAUCUUUUUUCUUAGGAGAAUGGAUUUGUUUUCAAAGAGGUAAAAGAAGAGAAGUUCCUGGCUUCAUCAGUUCCUAGAUAUUAAAGAAAAGUUACAUUUUUCUAAAAUAUUUCUCGUAGCUAUUUUUACUUUAAUCCCUAAAUUGGUUUUGUCAAUGCCACGAGUGCACAGAAUCAAACCAUAAACAUCCAGGAGCCUCUGAAAGGCAUUUUUAAUUCAUUUAAAGAUGCCUUACACAUUAUAAAGACUGAAAGCUAAUGUCAGAUUGCUUCCGGGUGUUUCAAAGUUGUUGAAUUCUUACGUUAAAAAAAUAAUUGUGAUUUUCUGCACACUGACAGUGUUCUUGCUCAGAAACCAUGGUAUUUGAGCUACCAAAAAGAAAUAUAGGUAAAAGAGGCCCCUGCUUUGUUUCGUUUGUGUGAGUUAUCAGUCCUAUAAAGAGUCUAUAACCCAAAAGCUAAAAGUGGUGAUAGGAAGCUCAGGAAUUUUGGAGGAUUGGAAAAGCGAACCUGAAAUCCUAAAGGUUUUUUUCCUCUUCGGGUUGGCAGUGCCAAACAUGCAGUUUGCUGAGUGAGCAAACAGAAGAAGGGCAGUAAACCUACAAAUAUUUUAGGGAACAGUUCACUCCUUCAUUUUCUCAAGAAAACAAACCUUGUUCCAGUUUUAAAACUUUGUGACCAAAGCCUUUUGAAACCAUGACUCGACAACUGUCAUGGAGUCAUGCAUCUUCCUGCAGAAAAACUAAGUUUUCAGUGUUUGAACUGAAAUCUCCCUUGUCAGGGAAUUUGUGAAAUGAGAGUCGUGGGGAGGGGGGUGGUCAAAAAAGCAAGAUAACCAAAGAUAACCAGGAGUAAAGAGCCUGGACCGCAGCUGAGCGAACCAGACCCUCUGGACUGUCUCCAAGUCCAUCUUCAGAACAAAGCUGCAGCGUCUUGACUGCACACCCUGUUCCUCUGUGCUCGUACGGACUUGUAAACAGGAACAUUUUAAAUUCUUGGACGUUGUCUAAUUUAAAUGGCAUAAAUUUGCUCAAGCUAUUUUUAUUACUAAGUAUUACCCUAACAAUAUUAGCGAGUAUUUUAUUGGUUUUCUUAGGGAGCACUUGCAUUCUUUACUAUUGUCUGUAUGACAGAUUUCUAUGUAGGAAUAUGAAUAAAUUACAGUCACUGCUCCA